UGCUCAUAUAACAUAAUACGGCUAGUAAAAUUUGUAAGAAAAGUGCUUGGUCAAUAAAACGGCUUUUUUAACGGCUUGAGCCGCCAUUUUAUUUUUGUGCCUUCUUGAAUGAAACUUGGAUUAACUAAAUACUGAAUAAUUUCAUCUUGUUCAUGUUCGCUGUUCUUCUUAUGACGCACGUGGUUAUAUGCAAACCAACAAGAAAAUCACAUCCAGUGAAAGUUGAUCACGCUUUGCUGUUGCGUCAGGCGUUAUCCGUGAAAAUAAAGAAAACAAUGAACAAAAAAGAAAAAGUUGUUUUUGAGUAUACUCCUGAAUCAACUAAAUCAAAUAACAAGACUGGUGAUGCGUACUGCAACGAUCCACAAGCACCAUGUAAAUGUAAAAAAAUCUACGCAAUAAAUGGACCAACUGAUUUUGUUGAAUAUACAUGCGACGAAAGUAUAAAUAAAGCGAACGAAAAUGUACCACGUGGUUUUCAAUGUGUCCAGCUCACUGGGAGAAAACUUGUUCCAUUUUUGAAGAAAAGAGAAAACGGAGUAAAACGGUUUGGGUUGAAAAGGUUAAUCGUUCAUACUGGUUGCGAGUUGAGAUGUGUUGGAAAAGCUUGCAAUUAGAUGAUAGAAGUUAACGUCAAAAACCUAGAACACAAAAAUGCGAUCGAUACCAGUUUAAUUAAUUAAUUAAUUUAUUUUACGGUUUGGAAUUGGAAACCAUGUGGUGUGAAUGUAACUUAUAUAUACUUUCGUGCUGGUUGCGAAAUUUUAAGUAUUUAUAUCUGGUUUGGGAAUUUCAAGAAAGAUGUUUUGCAGUAUUUACGCUUUUACUUAUCUAAAAAGAUAUAGUAUGUAUAUAACAAAUGAAAGAUAUAAACGUAUAGCGAAGAACAUGCGGA